UUCGGCGCUGCCGUUAGGUUUGGGCCUCGCGGGGAGCCGUAGUGGAGCCACGGCCGUCGCCCUGGCAACAGGAGGGAGCUCGGCCCUGUUUGCUGUGCGCGAGCGGCAGCAGGAUUCUUCCAAAAAACUGGGAGGAAUUCCGCCGGGACGCAACGACGACUUAAAUCUCCCGGCUGCCGACUGAAGCCGCGAUGGCCACGAGCAACCCGUCCGUGUUUCUGCUCACGGUUAACGGACAGAUUGAGGGCGCGGACUUUCCAGAGUAUGACAACUUGUACUGCAAAUACUGUUUCGUCUACGGCCACGACUGGGCUCCAACCUCGGGGUUGGAGGAAGGCAUCACUCAAAUAACGUGUAAAGGCCGUCAGUCAUCACACAAGUUAAUAUGGAACUUCCCCCUGGAGACUACGUUCAAGAGCACGAACCCUUCUGGAUGGCCUCAGCUGGUGGUGAGCGUGUACGGGCCGGAUGUGUUUGGCAACGACGUGGUCAGAGGCUACGGAGCAACACACAUUCCCUUCACACCUGGACAACACAGACGAAUAAUCCCCAUGUUUGUUCCUGAGCCCACAUGGAGACUCCAGAAAUUCACCAGCUGGCUGCUGGGGCGGCGGCCCGAGUACACAGACCCUAAAGUAGUGGCCCAGGGCGAAGGCAGAGAAGUCACGCGGGUUCAAUCCCAAGGCUUCGUCGGCGUCUCCUUUCACAUCAUCACCAAAGACAUGAAGAAGCUGGGCUACGACGUCGGGCCGCCCAGCUCGGCCAUCGCAGCGUCCGCCACAUCUGGCUGGUCCACGGAGGAGCAGCCGCACAGCCUGUAAGGGCCGCCAUGAGGGAACACUGAUGGGGGUCUAUUGUUUAGGAUAUAAACCCCCUCCAAAGCAAAGGCAUGACAUUCAUGUUAAACGACUCGUGUGCUAAAUAGACACCAAGCAACAAAUGUUAUUUAUUUUAACCUAUUUUCAGAUUCUUACGCUUUUGUACCUUUUAAAAAUAAAUACGCUACCUCCAAUUUGUCAA